AUGUCGCGACACCGAAUUGUUCACACGUUCGAUACGAACGACAUCGUAUCCGAGUUUGACGGCAUCGAUUACGAAGAGACGGGCGAAGAUGAGCUCAGUCAAGAGGACCGCCAAGCCAUGGACGAAGGCACUGCAGAGGUCCGCCGGGCUCUGGGUACCGAAGCCGACAAAGUGACCAAAUCGCAGAUCGAAGAAGCCUUAUGGCAUUACUACUAUGACAUCGAUAAAUCAGUCACAUAUUUGAUGAAGACAUUCAUCGCACCUGCACCUAAACCAGUAAAGAAGGCACCAGAAGGUAUGUCAGUGUGUUAUUUUUCUGCUUCGCAACGUCUUUCGGGGACUGGAGCAGACCAUGGACGUCUGUCAAACGGAUAUCUCCCUCGCAUGGAUCUUCCACCUGUUGAUGGAGUUCCUGCGUGGUAUUUCGAUGACAUGCCGUGGUUGAACGUGCCACAAGAACGUCGGGCCGAGUUUGUCGAGCCUGAACGUCCUCGUGGAGGGUUGCUUGGUGGAGGCGAAGGCGUUCCCAAGAUGUCAAAACUUCAAGCUCUUGCAGCUGCUAGGAAGAAGAAGAUCGACGAAAGGAAGGAGCUGGAAAGGGUCGAGAAAGGUGUUGAAUCCCUUUCUGUCCGCGACUCACAAAAAGAAAAUGACACAACUUUGAGUCAGAAGCGUCAGAUGCCCCAACCCACGCCUCAAGUCGUUUCUCCACUCAACGACAUAGAGUCCCAAGUCACUCCCGACGAUAACAAACAGCAAGAUGUUGGUUCUCCGUCCAAGGGUGGAUUUAUCGAUGAGGACUUUACAGUGGUUGUUUCUCAAGCUACCCCAUCCGCUUUUGCUCAAACGCUCUUUGGAUCUGCUCCGGUCAAAACCCACAGGCCCGAUGUUUUUGCCAUGCCAUACACAUCCUCUUCAUCUUUUAUCGCCCAUGCUUUCGCCGAGCCUAGUCCAGAUGAUAUUGUGCUUGCAGCUCAGGCGAAAGCGGGCAAGAAGCCAGUAGCAAAGCCUACCAAAAAGCCCCAGAAAGAAAAGGAGAAGAAUGUCUCUGAAGCUGAAAAGGACGUUGCUGCGCUCAAAAUCGCCGACGUGCCACCGCCAAAGAGCAAGGGGCUUGAUGUACUUAAGGAGUAUGAGAGCAGCUCCAACAAAAGGAGUAUUAGCUUUGUUGUAGUUGGACAUGUCGACGCCGGAAAGAGUACCCUUAUGGGGCGGCUAUUAUUAGAGCUGAAGUUUGUUGAGAAGCAUACCAUUGAUCGAUAUCGGAAACAGGCUGAAAAGUCUGGCAAGCAAUCGUUUGCCCUCGCAUGGGUGAUGGAUCAAAGGAGUGAAGAAAGAGAACGAGGUGUGACAAUCGACAUCGCCACAAAUUACUUUGAAACGGAGAAGACGAGUUUCACCAUUCUUGAUGCACCUGGACAUCGAGAUUUUGUACCAAACAUGAUUGCAGGUGCUAGUCAAGCUGACUUUGCCAUCUUGGUUAUCGACGCAAAUACCGGAGCCUACGAAAAGGGUCUUAAGGGGCAGACUCGAGAGCAUGUAUUGCUCUUGCGAAGCUUGGGUGUCCAGCGCCUUGUUAUCGCCGUCAACAAACUGGAUAUGGUUGGUUGGUCACAAGAACGUUAUGACGAGAUCGCUCAGCAGGUGAACGGUUUCCUUGCUGGUCUUGGCUUCCAACCCAAGAACGUCAACUUCAUACCCAUAUCUGGUCUCAAUGGCGACAAUCUUGUCCGUCGAUCAGAAGACUCAGCAUCAUCUUGGUACACUGGCCCCACUCUGAUUGAGGCUCUGGAAAACUCGGAGCCAUCAACAGCGCGAGCUCUCAAGACGCCGUUCCGAAUGUCCAUAUCUGAAGUGUUCAGGUCGCAAUUGGGCACAACAACCAUUGCAGGACGAGUCGACUCUGGUUCUGUCCAGAUUGGUGACGCUUUAUUGGUUCAACCCAGUGGGGAGGAAGCAUUCGUCAAAUCGAUCAUGGUGGACUCAGACAUGCAAGAUUGGGCCGUUGCUGGACAGAGUGUCAGUGUUGCUCUCACUAACAUCGACCCUAUUCAUAUUCGAGUUGGCGACAUGCUCUGCCACACUACGGAUCCUAUCAGCUGCAGUGACACCCUUACCAUGAAGGCCAUGGCAUUUGAGCAUCUUAUGCCCAUGCCUGUGGACUUGCAUCGUGGACGUCUGCACUCGGCUGGACAGAUUGUGUCCAUCACAGCGACGCUAGAUAAGGCCAGCGGAGCUAUCAUCAAGAAGAAGCCUAGAGUUGUGCAGCCUGGUGGUGUCGCGCGAGUUAUCAUCAAGCUGGCGGCUAAGGUCCCUCUUGAGCCAGGACAAAGAGUUGUGAUACGGAGUGGGGGUGAAACUGUCGCUGCUGGACUAUUAGAAUAG